CCCGCAGGCGACGUGGUGGACAUUUACCAGCGCGAGUUUCUGGCGCUGCGGGACCGGCUGCACGCGGCUGAGCAGGAGAGCCUCAAGCGCUCCAAGGAGCUCAACCUGGUGCUGGACGAGAUCAAGAGGGCCGUGUCGGAGAGACAGGCGCUGCGGGACGGGGAGGGCAACCGCACGUGGGGCCGCCUCACCGACGACCCCCGGCUGAAGCCGUGGAACGUCUCCCACCGGCACGUGCUGCACCUGCCCACCGUCUUCCACCACCUGCCGCACCUGCUGGCCAAGGAGAGCAGCCUGCAGCCGGCGGUGCGCGUGGGCCAGGGCCGCACCGGAGUGUCCGUGGUGAUGGGCAUCCCGAGCGUGCGGCGGGAGGUGCACUCCUACCUGACGGACACGCUGCACUCGCUCAUCUCCGAGCUCAACCCGCAGGAGAAGGAGGACUCGGUCAUCGUGGUGCUGAUCGCCGAGACUGACCCACAGUACACGUCGGCAGUAACAGAGAACAUCAAGGCCUUGUUCCCCACGGAGAUCCAUUCUGGACUCCUAGAGGUCAUCUCCCCUUCCCCCCAUUUCUACCCUGACUUCUCCCGCCUCCGAGAGUCCUUUGGGGACCCCAAGGAGAGAGUCAGGUGGAGGACCAAACAGAACCUCGAUUACUGCUUCCUCAUGAUGUAUGCGCAGUCCAAAGGCAUCUACUACGUGCAGCUGGAGGACGACAUCGUAGCCAAGCCCAACUACCUGAGCACCAUGAAGAACUUUGCACUGCAGCAGCCCUCGGAGGACUGGAUGAUCCUGGAGUUCUCCCAGCUGGGCUUCAUUGGGAAGAUGUUCAAAUCGCUGGACCUGAGCCUGAUUGUGGAGUUCAUCCUCAUGUUCUAUCGGGACAAGCCCAUUGACUGGCUCCUGGACCACAUUCUGUGGGUGAAGGUCUGCAACCCCGAGAAGGAUGCGAAGCAUUGUGACCGGCAGAAAGCCAACCUUCGGAUCCGCUUCAAGCCGUCCCUCUUCCAGCACGUGGGCACGCACUCCUCACUGGCAGGCAAGAUCCAGAAACUGAAGGACAAGGACUUUGGGAAGCAAGCCUUGCGGAAGGAGCACGUGAACCCACCAGCCGAGGUGAGCACGAGCCUCAAGACGUACCAGCAUUUCACCCUGGAGAAGGCCUAUCUGCGGGAGGACUUCUUCUGGGCCUUCACCCCUGCUGCGGGCGACUUCAUCCGCUUCCGCUUCUUCCAGCCACUGCGCCUUGAGCGGUUCUUCUUCCGCAGCGGGAACAUAGAACACCCAGAGGACAAGCUCUUCAACACGUCUGUGGAGGUGCUGCCCUUUGAUAACCCUCAAUCAGAAAAGGAGGCCCUACAGGAGGGCCGAUCGGCCACGCUGCGGUACCCUCGGAGCCCUGAUGGUUACCUCCAGAUAGGCUCCUUCUACAAGGGGGUAGCAGAAGGCGAGGUGGACCCGGCCUUUGGUCCCCUAGAAGCACUGCGCCUCUCCAUCCAGACUGACUCCCCGGUGUGGGUCAUUCUGAGCGAGAUCUUCCUGAAAAAGGCUGACUAAGAAGAGGGCUUCCGAGGGUGCUGUGUGGCCAGCUCUUCCGAAGCCCAUGUGGCCGACGAUGCCGUCGCUGCUGGCCAAGGGCCAGGCGCGUCACCCGGUCUGGAGGGCUGUGCUCACUGCCGAGCUCGGGCAGGCCUGGGGUCCACCGCUGGCCCGGAGGCCCCAGGAGCUGGUGCUGCCCCUGCCCGCCGGGCCGCGGCAGGAGGCAGGCGGUUCCCACACUGUGCCUGAGGGCGGGUCCACUGCCGCCCGAACCCCAACCAACCCGUUCGCACCCCAGCCGGCUGGCUUGAGCCAGGCCGUUUUAGAAGAGCUUUUUCUUGGGCGCCCGCAGUCUCUGGCGCGAACACUGGAAUGCAUAUACUACUUUAUGUGCUGUGUUUUUUAUUCUUGGAUACAUUUGAUUUUUUUUCACGUAAGUCCACAUAUACUUCUAUAAGAGCGUGACUUGUAAUAAAGGGUUAAUGAAG